UGAAAGCCAGGAAAGAACACAUUACACAGUGUUUCUUCUGAGAGCCAGCGAGCCUCCAGUGAUUGAAAUCAAUAAAAACAGUCGGCAAGGGGCCCAGUGGGGGAAGAGAGAAAUCUCCACUACAGCAUUCAGUUUGCUUUCCACUUUCUCCCUCCCCCUCUAAAGUUAAACUCCGAAGAUCACCAUGACAAGCUACUUCGCUUCCAGCGCUGGGAAGACGCUGGUGGGGAUUUAAAGGAAGCGAGUGCUUUCCUUCGCCUCCCUGCCUUCGCUCUCCCCCCAGCACGAAGGAAAUAAAAGGCUUGCUUGGAAUUUGAAUCCCGCCAGGAAAAACUUCAUUGGACAAGUGCACGGUUCUGCAUUUCAGGAAAGGGAUGGAUUUUACGGUCAGAGAAUGCUAAAAGGUGAGCGGGGGAAGAAAAGCAGCAAUCUGAUCCAGUCGGAGCCCACGAAGAGGGUAGGAUGUCCAAGCCGGUGGAGGGGACCUGUGGUGCUGCGGGAAGGACUGCGAGCAAGUGCCUGGGAUCAUCCACAUCCUGAGGCACCUGGAACCUUGGGAACACGUGACGGACACACCAACCCAGUGGCUCCAUCUCAGACUGACAUUCUCCUGGGCUGCACCUCAUAAAAGCUGGUAACCAGCAAAGAAGACACAAAAGCUAAAAUCACUAUGUGGAGCUGUGAAGCCUUAAUCAACAGUACCGAGAACAGUGAGGACCAGCGUCUCUGCCAUGACUUCGACCUUGUGCUUUCCAUCUUUUCCCUUCUCUACCUCAUUAUAUGUUUCCCAAUUGGCCUUUGUUACAAUGGCCUGCUGGUCCUAGUUAACCUCUACAACAAAGCUACUAUGACUAUGCCAGAUGUUUACUUUGUCAACAUUGCCAUUGCCGGUCUCAUCAUCAACACUCUGGCACCAAUGUACCUGCUGGGUCUUGCCAAUACAAAAUGGGCCAUCUGGAAUUCCAACAAUGAAGUUUAUAUUACCUUCCUUAUUUUAUUCAACGUCUCAUCAUUAGUUACCAUGUACUCUACCACGCUUCUCAGUCUGGACUACUACAUCGAACGUGCCCUGCCCAGGACUUACAUGUCCAGUGUGUACAACACCAAACACGUCUGCGGGUUCAUUUGGGGCGGUGCCAUGCUCACAAGCUUUUCAUCGCUCCUGUUCUACGUCUGCAACCACGUGUCCACCAAAAUAAUUGAGUGUUCCAAGAUGCAGAACCAGGAAGCAGCAGAUGCCAUCAUGGUGUUUAUCGGGUACGUUGUACCCGCCAUCGCUGUUCUCUACGCACUGACGCUCAUCCUGCGGAUACGCAAGGAGGCCACGCCACUGGAUCAGGACACUGGGCGCCUGGAUCCGUCAGUGCACAGGCUUCUGAUUGCCACAGUCUGCACACAGUUCACCCUAUGGACACCCUAUUAUGUCAUUCUCUUAGUAAGCACAUUUACUAACCUACGAGGAAAAAUUCCAGAUGUAAAUUCCAUUCAAAUAUUACACUUCGCCACGAUUUUGUCAAAAUUCCUGGCUUUCUCCAGCAGCUUUGUCAUGCCUCUGCUCUACAGAUACAUUAACAAGAACUUUCCAAACAAAUUACGACGUUUGCUUAAAAAGAUACACUGUGGGAACCAAGGGUGUUCUCACGAGCGCACAGUUGUACAGCAGGUCAUGACAUAGGUGUGACGCAAUCCCUGGUGCUCUGUGACUGCGGCACUGGGUGCUCAGUGCUGGGACUGUGACGCUGCUGUGUUGGCACUCAGAGAUGUUUGAGAGUCCCAGCCGAGAGGCUGGAAGGAGCUUCCACUGCAGUUGAAUGCAACAGUCUUAAUUUUCCAGUAGUUGUUUGCUGAAGUGGUGUGAGGCUCUGGCCUACGUGCUGCAUUACCUGUGACAGUGGAUACCUUCAGUGCACUGAACUGGUGACAAAGGAUAAACUCUUUUUUUCAUUGCUCUGAUCUUCCUGUCUGAAGAAAUCACUAAGCAGUUUCUUGAAGUCUUGACUGAAGACACAGCACCUUGUAUCUUGUAUAGAAAAAGGUAUUACCUUGUUUUCUAUACAAAGAAGUGAUAGUGCUAUCCUUGAUGAAGUAGCUAGCAUUUUUCAAUGAAGAUUAUAUAGAUGAUCUUUACUGAAGAUCAUAUUAUCCAAUUAUACAUGUCCAAAUAGUAAAUGUUAAUUAUAAAUUAAAUUAUUUAAUUUCUUUCUCCAUCACUGAAUCCCCUCUAAAAGAAGCCUAAUUUACUUUUUUCAGAAAUUAUUUUCUCACACAAACUAAUUUGUUUUAACAUUUACGGUGAAAUUAUUUUUCUUUUAGUUACAACAAAUAACACAAGUGUGUUUUAAUUUUCCAGUGCUUUGUUUGUAUCCUAAAACAUUUCAGGAAUUCAGAAAUAUUUAUUAACUAAUUCUGACGGAACUUGGAGAUGUUUGUUCCACAUACUAAAAUGAAGGACACAGUGGUUUACAAAGUUAAAUCAGAAUUUAACUAGUAAUGAUUGUCUGGCUAAGUGUUAUGGUCCACAUAUGUUCAUGUAACAAGAGAAAUUAUCUUAAAAAAUAAAUAUGUUUAUGAUUAA